GUUUUAACCAGGUAAUGAAUUAUAUCAAGGGACACGUAUUCUGACGUAGAUUUCGAUCAGUAAAGUAGCGUACGCCUGCAGUGUCCAAAAAGAAUGCCGACUGCACCUCCUGCUUCGUCUAAAUCUUCAACCGCUUCAUCAAGAGGGUCUGCUGGUGGCGUUCGCCAAAGAAAGGGACCAACAUCAUCAGCAAGGAGACCAGUUGCGCCAGCUGCACAGAAAAAUCCUGUCUUCCUGUUUUAUUCAGAAGACUCUCCUGGCAUUAAAGUUGGACCUGUACCAGUGUUAGUAAUGAGUCUAUGCUUCAUUGUUUCUGUUUUUCUUUUACACUUCUGGGGUAAAUAUACCCGCAGUGCUUGAUCAGUUUUGCUUUAUUACUUAUUUUGUAAUUGUUUUGGUGGGCAGUUAUGUACAUACAUAACUAAUAAAAUCAGUCAAAUAACUAAAGUGAAGUUUAUUUUUUGCAGUACGUUGCGUAAUGACUCUUCCUAAAGUGGUUUUAUUAUCAGUAAAAUGUGGGGAGUCAUAACUUUGUUCUUCGCUGGAAUGCAUUACUAAGAUCAUUUAGAAUUCUGCCUAGUCCAACAAAUAACAUCUAGAUAGUGUUUUAGUAUCCUAAUACCAUUGAUAAUCAGCUAGAACAAAGUGGAC